AUGUCCCGUGAAGGUUUUCAGAUCCCAACCAACUUGGAUGCAGCAGCAGCUGGUGCUUCCCAAGCUAGAACCGCUACUUUGAAAUAUAUCUGUGCAGAAUGCUCCAGUAAAUUGUCCUUAUCUAGAACUGAUCCUGUUCGUUGUAAGGAUUGUGGUCAUAGAAUUUUGUUGAAGGCUAGAACCAAGAGAAUGGUUCAAUUCGAAGCUAGAUAA